GACGCGCCGCGGCGAAGGCCUCGCCCACUAGCGGAGUGUACAGCAAGGGGGCGGCCGGGCCCGCGGCCCCGCAGCCACCAUGAAACUAACGCGAAAAAUGGUCCUGUCCCGAGCCAAAGCUUCGGAGCUGCACAGCGUGCGGAAGCUCAACUGCUGGGGCAGCCAGCUCACAGAUAUUUCCAUAUGCCGGGAGAUGCCCAGCCUGGAAGUGAUUACACUCAGCGUCAACAGUGUCUCCACCCUGGAACCUGUACGUGCCUGCCGACGCCUGAGUGAGCUGUACCUGAGGCGGAACCGUAUCCCCAGUCUGGAUGAGCUGUUCUACCUAAAGGAUCUACCACACCUCAGGGUGCUGUGGCUGGCCGAGAACCCGUGCUGCGGCACCAGCCCACACCUUUACCGAAUGACUGUGCUGCGCAACCUACCCCACCUGCAGAAGCUAGACAACCAAGCUGUGACGGAGGAAGAGUUGACUCGCGCACUGAUGGAGGGAGACGAGAUCACUGCCGCCCCAGGCAGAGAGGACGCAGGCAAUGGCUGUCCCAAGCCCUCCUACACCCUCAGCUCUGCCAGCUCUACAACUGAGGCCAGCCAGGGCCUGCUGAGCUACACGGAGGAUACAGAAGUCCAGGGCCAGACUGCUGGAGACCAGUCUCCUUCCUUCUCACAGAGGGAUGCUUUGAGGAGUCACAAAAAUAGGAACAUCCUGACUGCCGUCUUGCUGCUGCUGCGGGAGCUGGACACGGAGGGGCUAGAGGCUGUCCAGCAGACUGUGGGCAGCCGGCUCCAGGCGCUGCACAGGCUGGAGCCCCAGGAGGACAUGGAGUGACUUCCUGUGCCCCAGUAUCUGGACCCUGUUAUAUCCUGUGGAAACACCGCUCCACCUGGAAAGCCUCCCUCUGGGUUCCUGACACCAGCCCAGUGCAGGAGCAGUGGCUGCCAGCUGGGCAGACCCCUCUCCUGUGCCUAGGGCUGGCAGAGCUGCUGCCCACCAGCAUGGUCCCUGAGACUUACCAGCUGAGGCCUUGAGGAUCUGGGCACUACCUGACCCUUCCUCAAGGGAAGACUGUACGAGCCAUACCCUACAAUAAAGCACUUUUUUUGGGCUGGUAGCCAGCAUCUCUGACAGGCAAGGCCUUGACCACAAGGUCCAUGCUGUUUCUCAGAGCUAGGGGGAGCCCUGGUGUCUCUGUCAGGCCUAUUCUCAGGGAGGUGCCUGGAAUGAUGUCUUACAAGGCACCAUGUCCCAGGUGUCUUUAGACACCAUAGCCUAGGAGAAUGGAUUUCUCUCAGGACAAGGAUGGGCAGGACACUGUCCUUUUUAUUUCUUCUUUAGGAGAAGGAUGUCACCUAGUUAGAGUAACUGUUGGGGACAUCCAGAGUUGCUCAUUAUUCUGAGGUGUCAGAUGCCAUCAAUAAAGCUGUCUUAAGCCGGGCGGUAGUGACGCAAGCCUUUAAUCCAAGCACUCGGGAGGCAGAGCCAGGCGGAUCUCUGUGAAUUUGAGGCUAGCCUGGUCUACAGAGUGAGAUCCAGGAAAGGCGCCAAAGCUACACAAAGAAACCCUGUCUCGAAAAACCAAAAAAUAAAAAAAUAAAGCUGUCUUGUUAGAACAGUUGGGAUAAGGUUUGUAAUUUACCCACCAGGCAGGGGUGCCUUGGGGUAGGCUUAUACCUGCCAUGAGAAAAUAGAGCCAAGAAAGGCAUCAAGAUUAGCAUGUGUAAAACAAUGAGCCAAAGUCUGGAACUACCACCACCAUGGGACAAAUAGACAUGGCCCAAGAAACCUACUGCAUGCAAUGCUGGCCCUGUAGGUGACCUGUGUGGGUUUUAAUGCUGAAGGUUCUGGGCCACUGGGCCCUUGACCUUGCUCCACCUCUGGUCCGCUUCCAAUCUUGGGAGUACUUUCUUAAUAAACUGUUUCUAUCAGUA